GUAUGUAUAUUGCUUGAUUGUUCUACCCCUGUUCCCACUCUCCCUACCCCCCGURUUCUGUGAUUACCGGGACUUCUCAAGUACCGCAUCAGUUCAGGCUGAUGUCGACGGAACAGGACACCGGGGCACUGCCACGACGCAAUGCCAGAAUCGCAGUUCGUGCCCGCCCUGCAGUACCUCCAAGACCGAAGAAACUCAGCAGACGGACGACUCCAGCAGCAUCAAGUACGGCAUUGACGGUACAAGACGCCACCGGAGAUCAUCCCGCAUACCCAGUCCGAGGAGCCAACGAGCCAGCGACUGAUUAUCGUGGGCGGCUACUGGCAUUUUCAGAAGCCGUAGCUGCCGUCGAGGCCCGGAAGGAGACAGCAGAGGCAGAACGUCAGCGGCUAGCCAAUGAAGCGGCAGCCGAAGCUCAACGAACGACUGAGACUGACGCAGUGACACGAGACAGACGGAAUGCCAGCAGCACGGAGUCCUUGAUUGCUUGUGAGCAUCAAUGGACGACGAUACUCCAAGACAUGAUCUUUGUGCCUACAGAAGCGCAGGCAGACCCGACACCGGCGGAGGCAGAGAGAAGUAACCUGGCUAACUUGCUGCUGGGCAUGAUGAGAGGUAUUAUGUGGAAUAAUACACUGCUGCAGUCACAUCUGCGCACGGACGCGACGCAGCGACAAACAUACAAUAAUGAUAUCACUACGUUAACAACUGCUAUCCGCACAGAGGCAAUACAGCAGCAGCAACAGCAUCAACUGUUGAAUUCCACUAUCACACGCGUCAACAGCAUAGAGGCUAACACCUCAGCAGCGCCAGGCUGCACGACAGACGUGACGAAGCAACUCAACGAGCGCAUCGAUCACGUCGUCACCAUCAUCGGCGACAUAAGUACUUUCAACGGACCAGACUCGAUCAGCAGCACGGUGGCCGCCAUCAAGACGGACAUCACCAAGCUACAGACGAGAUCGGAAGCCGCUACAAAGACGUUCAAGAUGCCGCACUUCGACAUCAGCAAGUUYGACGAUUACAACAAGUCGGACRCCUUGUCAUGGUGGCAACGCUUCCUCACGGAAGCAUCAUGCCGCAUGGUCCCRGCGGACGACAUGUUGAAGGCACUAUAUCUGMAGCUGAUUGGAGGAGCGCAGGGAUGGAUGAACCACCUAGCGGCUACACACAAGUGCACAAUCGCCGAACUCCACACGCACAUUACGUGGAAGGAGUUCGAGCAGCUAUGAGCCAGUGUUGUGCCAGCGUAGGGCUAGCGCUCAGCCAGCGUCGAGCAGCAACUGCAAGACUGAAUGACAGUCAGCAAGGCUGAAUCAACAUAUAGUGUUGACUCGGCUUGUCCAGCCUCCGGUAUUGCAGAUACAGCAGCCCAGAUUGACCCAUGGUCGACGGCCUGGAUUUCAUACAGUUGCAGAUUCCCAUUUGGACUGAAUCCUUGACAGAUACCUGCAAACAACCAAAUCUGUGUGUCUGGUCUGUGGUCUGGGCUGGGACCGUGUAGACUUUGGCUCGUGAGCCUGAAUUUCCGAGCUGUUGUUGACCUUUGACUUCCACGGUCAACUGCAGCACGCAGGGCCUCUGGGACCCAUGUUUAGGCCGUGCUUCGGGUACCCACAGCAGCAGGCCGUAUAUCAGGCAAUUUUCUAUGACUUGGGCGUGGCAUUUGGCCCCUGUUCUGGCCCUGAGGCCCAACGAAUGCAUAUUUCUGCAGCACGAAGACUAUUGCAUAUUUCAAGUUUGAGUUAUUGCAGUGACAAAGAAUGGGAAUAUAUUUGUCGCAUGGACCGAAAUAUUUCUGAUUCCGGUGUCAUAUAUGGCAGUCAAAUCUUCGCAUUUCCAAAAACGAAUCAACCAAUCCAACCACUUGGCUCUCUCCUCUUCUAAUGAACUAUUGCCAUGCUCCUGAGACUGUCGACCCCGUUCCUGAAACAACCUAAGAAACUCAUUGAUCCAUCUUGCACAUUCGCGCAAGCAUACAUCUGGGUCUGAGCAGGGCUAUCGAAAUGGACUCCCUCUCCUUCCAUUUGCAUUUCAGCAUCAGUUCAUGAAGCUGAAACAACCCUUAGUUAGCAUUACCUCCAACCACAUGAUGGAUGUUUUCACCUAAGUGGUCAUUGGUCUAUCUUGGACAUUCACAAGCAUACAUCUGGGUCUGAGCAUAUGCUUCGCACAAAAAGUGACUCUUAUAUCGACCUUAACCAGGCAUGCCCCGACGGUAACAUCACCACACUACGGCCACAAAUUGCUCCACAACAGAAGGGGGGUUGGUGUACCUGAAUGAAGUCCCUCACUUCCCAUUGUCCCCAUUUCAACAUCACACUGCUUCUAAUUUUCUCUGUGGCACACGACAUGGUGAUAUCCGACCUCGUCAUCACCCACUGCACAGCAUCCUGCUUGUCCUGAGCAGCCACCCUUCCUAUGCAUGUGUGGAAGCCGUUGAAUUCCAUGACCAAACCCCCUUCCCCUGGCCUCCUGCCCACCCACGCCUCACUGUUGAGGGCACAAGAAUGUUUCCACCUCUUGUUGCAUCAAAACCUAAUCAGUGGCCUGAAAAUCCUGCAUGAAAAUCCUGCAUGAACACCCCCUCACACACGCAACACACAAACAAACACACAAACACACAAACACACACGCACAUACACACACACACACACACACACACACACACACACACACACACACAGAGCGAGCGAGCGAGCGAGCGAGAGAGAGAGAGAGAGAGAGAGAGAGAGAGAACUUUGCCUACCCCUGAGCAUUGUUCCUUUCUCAUUAUGCCAACCUCUGCAUGCAUGCCAAAGAAAAUGCAUUGCAACAAGUGGGUGAGUGUUGGACAGCUCCCUCCACUGUUCAUGGGGGAGGUGUUCAGUGUCUCCCCUCAAUUUCCUCCCUUUUUUAUUAGUGUGAUUGACACUAGGAAACAAAGCGUGUGUGGAAAG